AUGUCUGUGGAGCAUCUGGUGGCCACGUCUGAGAACCCAGAGCCAGAUGCUGGCAGCCUGGAGGUGGUUCCACGGCGGCCUGCGCAUCCAAUCUAUGUGAGACGAGAGCCCAGCAUCCCUGCCUAUGGACUCCGACAGUCUAUCUUACUGAACACCAGGCUUCAGGGCUGCUAUGUGGACACUCCAGCUCUCACCAACAUCUGGACAACCAGAACGUGUACUGAGCCGAACACCACUGCCCCCACACCAGGUCCCACCUCUUCUUGGGAAGUUGUAAAGGACCCAGUCAUUGCCAGUUCCUUCUCCCUGGUGAAACUGGUGCUCAGGCGACAGCUGAAGGAGAAAUGCUGCCCAGUGCCACUCAAGUUUGGAGACGCAAAACCCUCCAAGAGAUUAAAGCCCAGGGACGAUGCAACAAUGAAAACUACCCAGCGGGGCGGAACAAGAAACUCCAUCAGUUCCAAGAGCAAGCAGCCAGCAGGGCAGCGGCCAGGCUCGCCCAGGCGCAGGGGGCCUGUAGGAGGCGUCAAUGAGAGUAAAGAGAGUUCAAAGGAGAAAAAAGCAACGGUCUGCCAAGAUCUUGAGAGCAGAUAUGCUGAACAUGUGGCCGCCACCCAAGCGCUAUCCCGGGACAUGGGGACAGCGUCCUGGAAGGGCCGAGCCUCACUUCCUGAAAUCAGGAAGAGGCAGCAGUUGUCCGAGGAUGCGUUAGUCAUCCACGGCCUCCCCACUGAGAGCUACCAGGCUCUGUACCACGCUGUGGUAGAGCCCAUGCUGUGGAAUCCUUCCGGGACCCCCAAGAGGUACAGCCUGGAGCUGGGCAAGGCCAUCAAACAAAAGCUCUGGGAGGCUCUGUGCAGACAGGCUGCCGCCCCUGAAGACGCUCAGAAGGACCCGCGGCCAGGCAGGAAGCGGCUGGAAGUCCACAAGGAGCCUGUUGAGGAGGCUGUGCCCAAGAAAUAGCUCAAGAGGGAGAAAUAGGAACUGGAGUUCACAGGAUUAGGAUGUUCUCUGCUGGAUGUCUGAAAAAUAAACACUGCUUUGCACCUUC